UAAAUAUAAGGGUCAGCUUGUAACUCAUGAUGGUAUGCUAUAGGUUCUUGAAGGAAAAUCAAACAUUCAGAUAUGAGGGUCAGCUUGUAACUCAUGAUGGCCUGGUCUUCACCAUCAAACAAGAAGUUGACACAGACAUGUUUGAAUUCCUCUCAAGUGCAGAAGGACAAGACCUAUCGACUGAACAAGAAAUGGUCUAUGCCACCAUAAAGCAAGAAGACAAAGAAGAGAUAUUUGAACCUAUUACAACUCACAGUGAAGGAGGAGGAGAAACUGAGCAAUCAAUUCCUGAAGAGUUGGACAAUGGACAAGACAAUAUACACCCACAUAUAGCAUCAUGCAGUGGAGAGAAGUCCCAUCUGUGUUUACAUUGCAGUAGGACAUUUACAGAUGAGAACACUCUUAUACUACAUCAGAAAACACACCAGGGCGUGUAUGAGCUAAGAAGCCACCUUAGAACACAAACUGGAGUGAAAAUUUUCAACAGUGGAGAAAAGCCUUAUCGAUGUCCCAAUUUUGAUAAAGGAUUUCCUGAAAAGAGUAAUCUUACUCCUCACCUUAGAACACAUGCAGGAGAGAAACCAUUUAAGUGUUCUCAGUGUGAUACAGGUUUUGCUCAAAGAAGUACCCUUAUUCGACAUUUAAGAACACACAGUGUACAAAAGCCUUAUCAAUGUUCCCAUUGUGAUAAGACAUUUGCUCAUAAGAAUAUUCUAACUAGCCACCGUAGAAAACAUACAGGAGAGAAACCCUUCAAAUGUUCCAAGUGUGAUAAGGUUUUUACUUUCCAGAGUUAUCUUACUACCCAUUUAAGAACACAUACAGGAGAGAAACCCUUUAAGUGUCCCCAUUGUGAUAAGACAUUUUCUCGAAAGACUAUUCUUACGAACCACCUUAGAACACAUACAGGAGAGAAACCCUUUACCGUAUUUGCCGGCGUAAAGGCCGCACCGCGCAUAGGCCGCACC